AAGUGGCCGCCCCGUGGCGUGCUAUCGCGCGGGUCAGCUCAGCUGCGACACUCGACGCCUCCCGAGAAGAUGGACAGUGGCGACGAAGACAGCGUCCUCGAGGGCAGCGUGGGCAGCGGCAGUUGCAGCGGCAGCGGCAGCGGCAGCGGCAGCGGCGAUGGCGACGCAGACAGCGACGCCGUGCAGCAGGCCUGCGCCGCCUGCCCGCAGGACAUCCUCGACUGCAUGGAGAGCGCCGGCUGCGGCGAGCCGCCCCUCGCCGCCUUCUUCACUUACUGGAGGACCUUGCUGAACCAAGAGGCGCGCUUCCGAGAGCAGCUGUCGGAGCUACAGCAACGCAACGAGCGGCAGCAGCAGGAGGCGAACGCGCUGCGCUUCCGCAUGGAGGAGCUGUCGCGAGACGCCAUGGUCAAGGGCGCCGGCAUGGACCGUCUUCAAGCUGAGCUGGAGGCAGCAAAUAAGGACUCAGAGAGUGUCCGCCAAAAACUGCGCCAGUUGGAAAGUGAACUCACGACUUACAGACAACAAAAUGCAGAUCUUCUGGAGCAACUUAACCAGAAAACGACAGAAGACAGUGAAUCCACAAAGAAAUUGGAGGAAAAAAUCAAAGAGCUGGAAGUUCAGCUCAAGGAUAUGCAGCAGGAACGUGAUCGUUUGGAGAAGCUUCGCAUUCAGUUAGAAGCAGAAAGAGAAGAGGAGAUGAAAAUUGUUCAAGAGGCACUGGAUGAGGCACAACAAGAGAAGGCUGAAAUGCAAGCACAGUUUGAGAAACUUCAUACUGAGACAACCAAUAGGGAACAACAAAUGCUUGAUGACUUUGAAUGGAAGCUGCGAGAAGUAGAGCAAGCAUGCAAAAAACGCUUAGUUGAGAAAGAGCAAGCUUUUGAAGAGAAAAUCAAGGAAACUACAAAGAAAUUGGAACAACAGCAUAAAGGAGAGAUUGCAACUCUCAAAGCAUAUGAAGCAGAGGUACAUCAGUUAAGAGGACUUUCACAUGAGCAACAAAGAUCAAUGAGGAAUGCAGCAAGACAGACAGAAGAGUUACAAGUUGCAGAGAAAAUGCUGAAGGAGGAAGUAGCUCGCCUGAAAACAGUUAUUGAAACGGAAAAAAGUUAUGCUGCAACAAUCCAGAACAUUCAUGACAAACAUGUCGCAGAGGCAGAAAGGAAACUUCAGUCUCAACUUCAAAUCCAAAAGAAUGAAAUUAAUGCUCAGUGGGAAGAACGGACGCAGCGUGAAUUUUCACGUCUGAAGUCAGAAAUGGAAAAGGUUCAUAAUGAAGAAAAGAAAUUGGCAAUACAGUCCAUUAGGAAGCAGUUAGAAGAUGAAAUACAGAAGACAAAGGGAGAUCUUGAAAAGAAGUUACAGAAAAGUUUGAGAGAGGUUGAACAAUUGAGAUCAAAUCUAGCAGAAAAGGAACAAUAUUACCAGAAGGAAAUAGAAAAAACCCGAACAAAUGCAGAUAGAGAUAUCUUCGACCUUCGUAGAAAAUUGGACAAAAUUGAUAUGGCAUACCAGGAACAAAUGGAAAAACUGACAGAAAAGCAUGAGAAGGAAAUUGAACAUUUAAAUGAGGAAGCAGAACGGAGGGUACAACAAGUGGAGCAGAACUGGCAGUUACAAAUAAGUUCAACAAGAGCUACUCUUGAGUUAGUAAAGGAACAGAUGCAACGUGAUGCAGAUGAAAGGAUGGAAAGUCUUAAAGAAAAAUAUCAGCAGCAGCUAGAAUCCCAAUGGGAAAAGCUGAAUAAUGAGAAAGAAGAUGCAAUAAAAUCCCUGGAAGAGAAACAUCAAAAUGAAAUGAAACAGUUUAGAGAUGAAGUAGAGGAAAUGAAAAAGAUGUAUAUGACAAGAGAGAAAGAAGUCCACACAUCCCCACAGCAAGAGAGGCGAUAUGGCUCAGGGCACUCAGCACAGGAUGGAAAGAAGAUGAAUGAAAAAUGCAUAGUUUCAUAGGAAUAAAUUAAGAUGAAAAGGAAGAUAAACAUUUGUAUCUGCAUAGACAUAUCCUGAUUGAAAGAAAUUCCAAUGUUUAAAUUGACAAAAUUUAUUUAUAAAACAAGUACAUUUCAUUUCAGUUUGGCUGUCAAAUCGUCAAUACUUGAGGAUAAAGCAUGGCACUCACUAUUUCUUAUACUGCUAAGCUGUUUCUUUAACUGUGGCUAUAGUUCAUUAAUCCCAGUAUUAAUUGUAGAUUAACUCUGUAUCAGAAGAUAAAGUUACAGAUACAAUAUUUGUGUAAUUGGUCGUUAAGUAAAAGUGUAGUUUUUUAGUUGAGAAAGUAAAAAGAAGUCAGAUAUUGCGUGUGCUGGGCUUAUUAAUAGACUGUCAUGUAUGGCACAGUAUUGCUUGACAUGAGAAUGAAUGCUUAGUUUGAUUUAUUCAUCCAAAAAUAAUUUCCACUGUAUGGACGUAAUCAAAAGCACAUAUAUAUCCCUUUCAUUUUUUAGAAAACAAACCGAAAGUACAAGUAUUGACUUCUAUUCACAACAAGUUAUAGAAAAUUAGCAGCAUUAAAGUUCUUUAAUGAAAACACAUAGUAUACUCAGUGCAUUUAUGUCCUAUUUUGUAUGUGUUCCAUUGUAUUACUGUUAGAUAAUACAGAAUUAUCAUAUGGAACUCUAAAUAUUCCUAUAUUCCUUAAUGCUAUAUGGACAGUAAAAAUCAGGAAACAUUGUAAUUCCUGUUUGUAGUCAUGAGCUUCCUUUCAUGUUCUCUAUGCUGGUAGCGAUUUCAUUGAACAAGAUUCAGCCAUUCAUUCAUGUAUUCAUAAUGUUGUAGAGCAUGCAUCAUGAAGCAGAAUCCUCUGAAAUGUGUAAAAUUCCAAGAAAGUUUUAUUUAUUCACUGUUACCCUGGUUGCCAUAUUUUUCCCUUCUACUGUGAAGCAUACAUGUCCUAAUUUCAUAAUAUGUUGCAUUUUAUUUUCACAUACCUAACUGUUUCACAUACACAUAAAGUUCAUAAUAUCAAAAUGGGAAGGUUCUGAAAUUUAUUUGUAUAGGAUUUUCUUCAGAGCAUUCCAGCCAUGGGUCUAAUGACCUGCUUUUGCACAUUUAUCUGUCUCUUCACAUGAUAUUUAUGUCACAGUCCCCCAUUUUUGUAGACAUGUCCAUUUAGCAUAAUGGACAUUUUCCUUGUGAGAAAUUCAGGAAUACAAUAGAGCUUGUUUCUUAUAAGCUUUUUCAUUGUGCAGUGUCCAUGUUGUGUACCUUUUUACAGUAACAUCUGGUAACUAUCCAUUACCUUCAAAUGCUUGACAUUAAUUCAUCUUUGUGAAUUGUUGUACUAACAUCAUUCUGUGUAUGCACUAUGUUAACUGCUGUUUUUAAAUAUGUAAUUAACUCUGAAAUAUAAACUGACUUUUUUAUGUAUGGUAACCCUUUUGCUACAAUAAUAAUGCUGUCAUUACAGCUUGCUGUAAUGUGAUGUAGUUACUGGCAGUUACAAGUCUUAUGUCUUGGCAGAUUUUCUUUUCCUAAACAAAUGUGUAAAACAAUAUUACGUUUUUCUCUUAGUUGACCAGUUAUUUCUAAAUUCAGCUCUCCCAUUUGUGAAAUAUGGUGUUUUAGUCAUUUAAAUUCAUUAUUCUCUUUUAUGUUACUGUCAUAUGUUCCUUUGUUCAUUUGUAAGUUAACAGAUGUAAUAUUUAGUAUCAUUUGACACUCUGAGAUAUUCACGUUCCUUGUCUUGUAAAUCACAUAACUAGUUUGUGUUUAAUUUGUUAUGAACCAUUUCUGGUCUUCUUCAAAUUCUUUUGGUAUCCUUCUGUGGGCAUGAAAUACCUACAGAAUGAUUCCCAUACAACAGAAAUAUUCCCACUUCUGAUUCAUACUUUUCAUUAUUUCCCAUUUACCAUACCUAAUUUAUAUAACCUACGCAAUAAAUUUAAAUUGAUCUGUCCUCCAGUCUCAUGUGCAAUUUAGCAUAAUACUUCAAUUAAUUAUCCAUAACAAUCAGCAAUGAUUGUAGUUACAUUUCCAAUCUCAAUGUAAACUGAGAUCUGUUUGUGUUAUGUUGGCUAUGUAAGUUUCUCAUGUUUUACUGCAUCUCAUAGGGUGUUUUAUCCUGUUUCGAAACUAUGUGUACUGAUCAGAUUGCUAUACUCAUUUUAUGACUCUGUUUCAUUGAAAUUGACAUUCCUGGUUAAAGAAACAUGCAACAUGGCUAGAAAAGAAAAAAAAAAUUCAGAUGAAUGUGUGGUGCAUAAUCACAGAUAAAGAAUGCUAUCCUUUGUUUUGUAGCUAACAUAUAUUGCAAUUGUACUGCUUUUGAGUUGAGACAUGCUGAAAUAUGUCACUGUUAUGUAGCCAGCCCCAUGUUUAGUUUAUAAUAAUCAUCUGCAGUAACUUAGUGACUAACUGUACUUCAGUAUCUUCUCAGUUCCUUGCUGCAUAAUGCAUACUUUGACAAACCUCUACAGUUCCCCUCACUAUGUUAAUAUUUUUCCUUAUUUCUGGUAAAAUCAACACCUGGUCUUUGAGGAGCACCAUGUCGCCUGCCUCUUCCAGUUCUAUGUUGUGUGUGACAGCAUUUUUUUACUGAUUACAAAGGAUUUGGCUCAAAAGAGGAACUGAUUGCUUCAUCUGGGAAGUAUUGACUUUUUACAAAAUUGCUAUUUACUGUCGGAAUUACAUUUGAGAGUAAUCUUCUUGCCUAUAGCUCUUCUCUGAAAUGUUAGUAUUAGAUUAUAGUAUUACCCUGUGGUUAGUAGUAGAUAUUCUUUUGCAGUAAUCUAUUUAUAUACCCUAUAUUACCAUACUCUGUACUUAAUCUCCUUUUUCAUUGUUCUGUCCUUCAUAGGAUGUGACCAAAUACAAUUCAAUCUUAGAGAUUUUCAUCUACCAUUUAUAAGAGUCUUACACCAUUAUUCCAAUGCCAGAAGACUCUAUCUACUGUAAUCUCUUUAGCAAAUGAAAAGAGCUUGACUCUCAUCUCAGUAUAUAUUAUAAUCUGUUUAAAACUGUGAAUUCCAGAGUGGAAAAAAGAAACUGAAAAUCAGAAAAAAAUCUGGAUGAAUGAUAGGUAAUAGGCGGGCACAUGUAUGUAACGCAUUGGAAAAUUGUGGCUGUGUAUUUGUGCAUGAGAGUAAAUAAGAGGGAUGUGGCAGAGGGGGGGGGAGAGAGAAUAACAAGUGAAAGAGCAAGAGGGAGACUGUGUUUCAUAUGCAACUGUUCUUGAACUUCAUCCUUACAGUGUGACAAGGUUCAUCAAAAGCGAUUACCUCAAUAGUAAUGGACAAAUAGUAAACUGCAGACUUCCUGUUAUGAUGCACCAGAAAAUGGAAAAUGUGUACAAAAUACAGCACAAAAAAGAGACAAGAGACUGAUGCUGCAAAUAUGGAUAUAUACCAAAUAUGUUUAGUUAGUAGCACUCACUUCCAAAGUAGGGCCCAUUUGAGUCCACCCACAUCUGCAUUUAUUCCUUUCACUGCUGAAAAUAUUUCUACAUAUUUAUGUCUGUGUGGGUGUACAGUAAAUGGACCAGUUUCGCAUUCCAAUGGAAUGCAAAAGCAUGCCUGUAAUUAGUAAAUUAAUGCCAAUAUACUGACCAAUUUUGGUGAAACUUGUCACAGAACAGGUAGGCAGUUCGAAGUUGGAAAACAAUAAUGUAUUAAUACACAGUAGCAAAUAGUUCCUUAGUUAUUACAGUAACUAAUUCAUUUUGCGUUGAGGUAGUGUUCCAGAAAAUGUGUAAGAGCUUGUAUAUGUCAUGUGGAAUUGGUAGAAGAAACAGAAAUUAUUUUAUUAUUUGUGGAAUAUAAUAUGGCCAUGUGGUAUCCCAAGUAAAGAUGACUAAGCAGUCAAGUGAUCCAUUUUAUGAUGAUGUCUUUAGAGAUGAAAUAAUAAUAAAAAAACGAAGCCACAAAUGUACUCAAAUUCAGGUGACAUAAUAUUUAGGGAAAAAUUUCUUCAUUAUUUCGUCUUUGAUGUAACACCCUUCUGAGAUUGGUGCAAGUGCAUCUCAGUCUUGAUAAGGGCUAUUUGGGUAAUUAUCUGUCAGCUGGCACAAUUGUGCCACAUAUAACUCUUUGUUUUAUAUGUGUCAAUUUCAUUAUGGUAUAAUAACUCUUGUGAGAUAAAUGUCAAUGAGCUACAAAAAUGCUUAACAUCACAGAUAAGAUACUGAAGCUGGGAUAACUGCCCUCCAGUGAUACCUAUACCAAGUAGCCAAAAGUAAACCAAAUGCUAAACUAUUCUCUGCAUACUCAUAUUUAGGAGCAUGUUGUGAACCCCUAGGACUAAAAUUUGAGAGUGCUUUUGAAAUAAAAUCACAAAUAAGUAUGAAUGCUUCAAUAAAAACUUUUAGAAAUAUGCUUUUUUCAGGUCAAUGUUCUCACAUUUUUUAACUGUAUUGAAAUAAGAAAUUUUGUUACUUGCAUAAUUAAUAUCUUAAAAAAUAAAAGAGGCAGUAAUUUUAUUUAAUAUUGUGCAUGAAAAAUGUCUGUAUGAAAUGGGGGAGGGGGUUUCUCGACUGACUGAAGACAACAAUAUAUUUUGCGUGAUGCCAGAGAGUAGCUAUGAUAAUUUCCAAAUGAAACUGUUACAUAUAUUCAAUUUCCUGUGGGUCUUUAACCUAAAAGUGUAAUUGUACCACACUGUGAGCACAUAGGUUGCAUUUAAGGCAUCAUUCAUGAAGCCAGUGAUGUGUUGGUGAGAGUGCAUUUAUUAUUAAGAUUUGCUUAUGUAAAGAACAUAGAUUAUUUUACAGUUAGAUUUUUAUCAUUGUUUUCAUAUUUAAAAUAUAUAAUAUUUGUACAUAUGUAAUAAAUUAUAUAAUAAUCUUUAUAAUGCUCCUACUUUUGUAUUUGAAUAAAAGUACUUAAA